GGGCAGAAGAAUCUAAAAUGACACGGGCUAAAAUACUAAAAAAAGUACAAAAAAGCAAAAGAAUACAAAAAAGCCCGAAGGCAACCAAUGCGGGACCAACCGCAAACCUCCUCGCCCCUCCUACCCCCCCGCGGGGACGGACCACUUACCGCGUCCCUGCCGCCGCCGCCUCCAUUUCCUCGCACACCCGGUGGGCGCGGUCCUCCUCGCGAGCCUCCUGCUGGCGGACUUGGCGAACGUGGGACUCGGCGGCCAGCACCAGGGCGCGGGCGACGACGCAGCAGAGGCCCUGCCUGGCGUCGGUGAACGGCCAGGACCGGACCUCGGCCUCCACCGCGCGGGCGGCGGCGACGACCUCCCCCGGCGAGUGGGUCGUGGCGGCGGCGUCCGCCACGGCCCGCCCUAGGACCAGCAAGAACGACGCGCGCAAGCGGCUCGUCUCCUCCCCCUCGUGGAGGAAGAUACGGGGGGAGAUGGCUCCCCAGCAAAAGACAGACCGGGCGGCGUCCAUGGUGGAAAAUUCGGUUUCCAGUUGUCGCAGUGGUCGCAGUGUCUGGUCCGAGGAAAGUGGAAUUGGAAGGGAGCGGGCGAGGGGACUGCGACCUUGGUUCAAGCAGGCUGGGCACUGACUGCAAAUGUGACUCCUAUAUUGAGCUCGCCACCGCAUUGUCGUUUGCCUCUGUCAGUGAGCGCGGUCACAUCAUCUCACCGAUAUCGCGUGCUGAUUAGUGCGAGCACUGGGUUGUUGGGUGUCCGUGUCUAUCAGUAGUAUCAUUUGGCCAAGGAGUUGGCGAGAUGGUGAGGUGAUAAUUCGUGCUAGGCCUCCGUAGUGCCUCUGCUCCAAGCAGGCAAUGAUUAACUUGUCCCCGCGUAUAGUAUACCCCCAAGGCGAAACCAGUAUUAUCAGCAGGUCACGUCUUCCGGGCCACGAAGGCAUAGAAGGAUUUCGAACCGAAUGAGCUCUCAGCGCGGGAACGAACUCGUUGGACGAUUUCGGAAACUUGGACGUCAACAUUUUGGAUUAUUGUCAUAUGCACCUGAUCAUCGUCAAAAUGUAAGGUACCUCUAUUCACUAUUGCAUCACUAAG